AUGAACUUCGCGCCUUACCAAUCCUCUCCUCCAGAGUCCGAGAGAGCAAAGUCACCUCCACCUGUCCGCAGUCCACCAGGCUCCCCGAAACCACAGGCACGCCAACCACCACAGCGAAAGAUCUCCAGUGUAGCUGAUCGCGACGAUCCCUGGGCAGCUGCGCGUAAUCAAAGACUCCCCUCUCCUUCACAAUACGAUCGAUAUGCCGACGAAGAGUACGAAGACCUAGAAGGGCAGAACGAGAGCAGAGGGUUCUACAACGAUUACAUUGGGAAUCAAGCUCUCGAAGGCGGUGGACAAACGACAUAUGGCGGACAUGGAGGCGUGAGCAUAUUCGAGACAAGUCUUGGACUGAAUCUGGGCGUGGAAGCUGCUUUGGCGUAUCUAUUGCUGCCGCCUGCGGGAGGUGUGGUGUUAUUGCUCUUCGAACACAAGAGCGAUUACGUGCGAUUCCACGCAUGGCAAAGCGCGUUACUUUUCUCGGCGAUAUUCCUGGUUCAUAUCAUCUUCUCCUGGAGCGCGAUCAUCAGCUGGAUGCUAUUCGCGUGCGAUCUCCUAACAAUCGGCUAUUUGGCAUAUGGAGCUUGGAGAUAUGCUGAAUCGCUGGACAGGGUGGAAGUGCCGAUAUUUGGCAGGCUAGCGAGCAGUUUUGUGGAUGAUGAAUGAGCAUCAAUCAAGUCACAGCUGUAUUUGCGAUGCUGUCUCCACGGUCCGAUAGCUGCUUCAUUUGUGAUCGGGCUUUUAGCGAAGGCGUUUGGGCGUAUGGUUCUGCUUCAGCAUCAUACAAAGAUGUACAUGUGUAAUCAGAGAAGUGUGAAAAGACAUAGAUGGCGCUCUUUUGUCGAUGCUCGAGCUUGUGGGAAAUGCUGUAUAUUAUACAGCGAGAUCCGUGAUCGCAAGAUGCGAUUGCGGUGGCGCAAAGAAAUGGAUCCGAUUAUGUCC